AUGGAGUUUAUUGAAACAUAUCCCUACAUCAUUCGGUAUAAGCAAGGUAAAGAAAACAUAGUGACAGAUGCUUUUUCGCAAAUGUGUAUCUUGAUAAAUUCAAAAAGUGCUAAAUUACUUGGCUUUGAACAUACUAAGGAGUUGUAUGAAAAUGACUUAGAUUUUUUUGAUGCUUAUAAAUCAUGUGCAAAAGGUGCUGUUGAUAAGUUCUUUAGGCUUGAAGGUUACUUGUUUAGGGAAAAUGAACUAUGCAUUUCUAAUUGUUCAAUGCGGGAAUUGUUGGUUUUACUUCAAGGGCUUUACACACCUUUAUCAACUCCUAGUGAACCACGGGUAGAUAUUUUGAUGGAUUUUGUGUUGGGUUUACUAGGACUAAGAAAAAACCAGAUUCGAUAUUUGCGGUGGUAG